AUGGCACGGACCUAUACGUUCGAGGUAGAGCCCUCGACAACCAUUAGACGAUUGAAAGAACUUUUUUGUGAAAAGACAAAUUGUGAAGAAGAUUUACUAAUUUUAUGUCUUAUAUUUAACAAAGAAGAACUUGAGGAAGAUGAGAAAACACUGUCGUACUAUAAUUUAAAAGAUGACACUCAAUUAGACUCAAUUUGUCUUGGUGAAAUUCAUCGAGGUGAUCUAAAUUUUAAGGGUUCGCGAUUUAUCGAUGCAAAUAAUAGUAAAGGUUUAAAACGAACAGAAUGGUCGGAUAAAGCUCCACAAUGGCGAAGAAGUAUUCGUGGUCUAUGUCUUGAAGGUAAAUGCUUAACUCCUGGAUGUGCAGCUGAAGGUCAAAGUGUUGUUAUGCGAAUCGGUUACAAAAAAUUUAAUGUUGUAGCUGAUCCAGAUGAGACUACAACAAUGUGCCCGAUAUGCAGACAUUUUGUUGAGCCCACAACAUGUGCCUUUAAUAAUUGUUGGUGGAGAUAUGAAGGAAUUCAGCAACCUGAACCUAACAGUGGUAAACCACCAAAGAAAUGUUCAAGUGAAUGGUGUCAAGCUGAUGAUGCAUAUUAUUAUUUUGAUGAGACAACAAGUGGAAUUGUAACAUGGAAGAGUCUAAUAUUUGAAGCUGUCAAGGAAAACCCUGUGUAA